UAGACUUCAUUCUUAGAGAUUUUCCUGAGGAAAGUUGUUUCUGGGAUAGCUGUCAUGGAGAUUUUGGUGGAACAGAUGGAGUGGCAAGCCAGUACAAUCAGCCUAUGCAGUAUACACCAGAGUCCAACCCAACCAGCAGUACUUCUAAUGAAAAAGACAAGAAGACUAAAAAAGCAUCUAGAGAGAAAAAGACAAAAACAAAAAAAACAGAAAAGCCAGUAGACUACCCCAUUCUUCGAUCUCUGCUGGAGAACAAAAAACAAAGGAAAAAAAGGCCGCUAAAACAAGUGACAUAUACCGAUUAUCAGCAGGAAGAGAUCGAAAAAAUAAUAAAUGAGAACAUAGAAAUAAUUGAAAAAAAGUCCCAAGAGAAAGUGUCCUAUGAGAAGACCACAAGGAUAAAAACAGACCAGAUAGACUUUGGGAUAUGGAAUGCACAAAGACUAAGCAAUAUAAGGCGAAGAGACCACAAAUUAAAAGACAAAAAUGUGUACAGCCCCAUCACUCUCAGCAUGUACAUAAAUGGGGAGUUUCAAAAAGAACUAUUCCAAAAAAGACUCAGAAAAAGCAUCGAAGACUUUUCAGCGCAGCUUUCAUCAGAAAUAGAGAAGAACGCGCUAUGGUACUUCAUUGCAAGCGGGUCUACAAAUAUAACGACAAAGUACAAAGACCUCCUGGGAAUAAGAGAGAUUUUUAGGGAUAUAAACAAGACACACAAGAAAAUGGUCGAGGGCCUCAGAGGCUACUACCCUGGCGUGAUUGAUGACAUGAUAGCAUAUUUGGAGAACCACCAGCCAAUGAGAAUCAUCAAAAGCAGGCCGCAGGCCGAGUGGAAAGAGAGUCUCGGAGAUAUUCACAUACGAGAGUACUUCAAGCCAAACUACUACAUUC